GUACACUAUUUUAGAAUAACUCCCAUUCGUACCCACUUUUACUUUAUCACUUUGAGUGAGAAACAAACCAAAAAUCAGUUUUCGUUUGCUUAUGACUCACCUGGUCACUCGUACUCAACUCGUUCGACUCGCUCCUUUCAUUCAACGCUCCAAAUCAUCCUUCAGAACAACCACCCUUCCCCAAACCGUCACCUUACCCCAAUUCUCAACCACAACCGAUCUCAAACUCCGCCGAAAACACUCGCCGGCAAUGGAUGCACAGCCACCGGAAUCCCACACUCCCGCUGUCGAGGGAGAAGAAUUCGUCCACAUCCACGAUCUGAAAAUGGAGAGCUUGUCUGAUAGCAUGGUUCGAAUUGAUCAUUCCUCUGAUGCCGUCGAUGCAGCUUCGUCUGCUCCUGAAGAAGCCUCGGUGGAUGUAGAUCGCACCCCGGUUGCGCUCCCGGAGGAGCUCUCAAGAAAUGUGAUCAUGUUGUCGUGUGAGUCCUCCGCUGAGGGCGGUGUUUGUGAUGUUUACUUGGUCGGCACCGCUCAUGUCUCGGAGGAAUCAAGCAAAGAAGUUCAAGCUAUUGUCAGUUUACUGAAACCAGAGGCUGUCUUCCUUGAAUUGUGCUCGAGUCGUGUGUCAAUUCUUACCCUUCAAAAUCUUAAGGUACCUACUAUGGGAGAAAUGAUUGAAAGUUUGAAGAAAAAACAAAAUAUGUUUGGAGUAAUCUAUGGCUGGUUCCUAGCCAAGGUUGCCAGUAAGCUUGAGGUCUUUCCUGGCUCUGAGUUUCGUGUGGCAUAUGAAGAAGCAAUCAAGUAUGGUGGUAGGGUGAUUCUCGGCGACCGCCCUGUACAGAUUACAUUAAAGAGAACAUGGAGUAAGAUGCCACUUUGGUACAAGACAAAAUUGGUGUACUCUUUACUUUUCCAAGCAGUUUUUUUACCCAGCUCUGAUGAUCUUAAUAAGAUGCUAAAGGAAAUGGAUGACAGCGACAUGCUAACUCUUGUUAUUCAAGAAAUGAGUAAGGAGUUUCCAACUUUAAUGGAGACCCUUGUCCAUGAACGAGAUCAGUACAUGUCCUCCACAUUAUUAAAAGUGGCAAAUGAGAGUAGAUCAGUGGUUGCUGUUGUUGGAAAGGGGCAUCUUCAAGGAAUAAAGAAGAACUGGAAGCAACCUGUUGUGAUGAAGGAUCUCCUGACAGUUCCAUCUCCCAAACCGGCUAUCUCUGCUAUGAGAGUCUUAACAACUGUCGGUGUUGGCGUGGCUGGGGUGGCCAUAAUAUCGGGCAUAUAUCUUUCAUGCAAGAAAUGAGUCUAGAGACAUUGUCAUAAUUGUCAUUGGCAGGAACGUUUGUUAUAUGAAUUGAAAUAUAUACAUGUUGAGUCAAGUUAUACCAUCAACAAUAAAGUUGGUGCAAAAGUCAUUUAAUCCAUUUUAAUUUUUUAA